GACCCCCGUUUCGUGGACAUCACGUAUCAUAUCUCUCGGUCAGAUCGCAAGCUACAUGAGAGAGAGAUUUUCCAACUACACAAUAUUCUUGCAUUGGGAUUCUGUAAUAACGAAUGGCGAAUGACGCUUGCAGUAAUCGUGUUGGUGUUCAGCAUGAUUCAGCAGCCUGCGCGAGACCAGGUCGGAAAUAUUACCACAACGACGAACGAUACACCUUACCUAUUACACUGAAUUCCUCAGGUCUCUGGUGGAAACAACAUCCCGCGCAUGUCAUCUUUAUGCGUUUUGCGGCCCUGGUCGCUUUGCUGUCCUUCCGCGUGGCGAAGAUGAAGUACGGGGCUUUGAUCAAAAUGUCGGCCAGACGAUGACCACACUGUGCCCUGCCGCUGGUGUGAACAUGAGAAUUGGGGACCGAGAGUUCUUUGCAAAUCGUUCCUUGAAUCUGGCUAGAUGCCACUGCUUGGACGGAUCAAACAACCUAUACAUGAACCGGCAUAACAGAGCCUGUGGGCUUCGGGGCUCGCCAUAUAAUGUCAGUUAGGCUUGUUCUUCUAUUUUUCUG